AUGGAGGACUAUAAAACCAAGGGCAAUGACGCCUUCAAGGCGAAGAAGUACCGGGAGGCGAUUGAGUGGUAUACUAAGGCUAUCGAGCAUAAUCCCGACAGCGAAGCUUCUGGCGCUCUUUAUUCAAAUCGUGCAGGCAGCUGGCAGAACCUGAACAACUUUGAGAUGGCAGUUGCGGAUGCAGAGCAGUGCAUUCGGGUACGCCCCGAUUGGCUUAAGGGCUACUUUCGCAAGGGUGUCGCCAUGGAGAGCAUGGGCAAUUGUGAUGAGGCGCAGAAGGCCUUCCAGAAGGCUCUCCAGCUGAGCCCCGGCAACGAGGAGGUUAUGGACAAACUGCAAAGCAUUAAUGGCAAGCUUCGCGAGCGCAACGAAAAAGCAAAGUCGAAGAUGUGCAAGACCCCUGACGAGGCCAAGGUUCUUGGCAAUUCCCUCUUCAAGGACGGCAAGUAUGACCAGGCUGUGGAGUUCUACACCCGGGCGAUUGAACUACAGAAGGAGCCUGUCAAGGAGAAGGCCGUGUACUACGCUAACCGUGCUGCUUGCCAUCAGCAGACACACAUGUACUCUCUUAUGGUGGAUGAUUGCAAUGCCGCGAUUGCUAUUGACUCAGCAAACGUGAAGGCAUACCUACGCCGCGGCAUUGCCCACGAAGGCAUGGAGAAGUGGAAGCUGGCGCUGGAGGACUACAUGAAGGCACAGUCCCUUGCUCCCGGCGUGGCUGGUGCGUCUCAGGGCGUUCUGCGGUGCCAACGUGCUUUGCGCGGCUGA